CCAGGUAGUGUCCUUAACUGGGAAUCAAACCUGGACCCUUCAGUCCAUAGGCCAGUGCUCUAACCAAUGAGCAGAUAGGGCAAUAAUGUAAAUUUUUAGGGACAAGCAAGGAACGAAGAGCAUCCAUUACGGGAUAGACAAGACACAGAGGAGUACAUGAAAGCUUCUCAUCUGCUGACCUAAGCCUGUCUGCCUGUUGUGACUCAGAACAGUCAGUGCCAGGCAGACUGGGAGUGUACACAUUGGGACAGUGUUAACACGAAACUAUGGCGAUCAGUCAUGAUGAGAUGAGAUGCUAUGAGAUGAUUCCUCACAAUGUUGAGGAUCUUGCCUCUAAUGAUUGAAGACGAUGUUGUCGACUUUUUUGUUGACACUGACAAUAACUCCAAUCCAACCUUUAUCCACAAUCAACAAUCCUCCCCAAAACAGUCUCAUAUGAAGAUUGAUGAAAUUACAGCAGCACACAGAGAAGACCUCAGGUGUUGAUGAUACGAUGAUACGAACAUUGCAUAUGUUCUAAAUCCAAAAUGCAGGAUUAGAACAGCAGUUAAAGCAAAAUAAUAGUGUCCAUGGCAACAAACACACACACUGGAUAGUUAUUAAAACUUAAGUGGUGUGACAUCCUACAAAUGGCAACUACAAAGAAGAGAAAAGUUGAUGCAGAGCGUCGAACUUUCCAAGAAAAAUGGACAAAUGAUUAUUUUUUUGUUGAAGUCAGAGGCAAACCUGUGUGCCUAGUUUGUGGCGAUAUGUUAGCAGUAAUGGAACAAGCCAGUCUGGAGCGUCAUUACAGCUCAAAACAUGCUAAACUUAGUGAAUUGGGAGGCCAAAUGCGUCUGGAUAAAAUCAAUGCUCUUCAGCGGAGUUUGGAAUUACAACAAGCUGCUUUCUCUAAGCCUGGUUGUGACAGAGACAAUGUUAUUCAGACUAGUUAUGUGGUGAGUGAGCUAAUAGCAAAGAAGCUGAGGCCUCAUGUAGAGGGAGAGUUUGUGAAAGAGUGCAUGGUGGCUGCUGCAGAGUUGUUAGCACCAGACAAGGUAAAAUUAUUUCAAAGUGUUAGUUUGUCUCGGAGAACUGUCUCAGAUCGGAUUACUGAUUUAGCACAAGAUAUUGAAAUGACAUUGAAGAAUUCUGCAGGAGAUUUCCAAUUUUUCUCUCUGGCUUGUGAUGAGACAACGGACAUAACAAAUACUUCCCAACUGGCUAUUUUUGUUCGUGGGAUAACUGCAGAGUUUGACACUCGAGAGGAACUGCUGUCACUGGAAGCCAUGCAUGGCACUACAAGAGGUGAGGAUUUGUUUGAGAGACUUGUUUUAUCAAUGAAAAAAUUUGAGCUAACAUUUGAAAAGUUAAGUGGUCUUAUUACUGAUGGAGCUCCAGCAAUGGUUGACUCGCAAAAAGGGUUAAUUUCAUUGGUCAAGAAAGAACUGAAUCGUCUUAGUCUCGACCCAAGUAAUUUAAUUAUAUGCCACUGCAUCAUACACCAAGAAAGUCUCUGUGCACAAUCAUUGCGGCUUAACAGUGUAAUGUCGACAGUAGUGUCAUGCAUAAAUUUUGUCAAAAGCAGAGGGCUUACCAGCCGCCAGUUUAAGGAGUUACUGAAUGAUCUUCACUCUGAGUACGGAGAUCUUGUUUAUAACUGUGAAGUGCGGUGGCUGAGUCACAGGAACAUGCUCCUGAGGUUUUAUGAACUGCGGGAUGAAGUCAGGCAGUUCAUGGAGAUGAAGGGAAAACCCGUCAGGGAACUCAUGGACAGCAAGUGGCUGUGUGAUCUAGCAUUCAUGGUGGAUAUUACCAACUACCUCUCAGAGUUGAACGUCAAGUUACAGGGCCCCAACCAGCUUCUCAGCACACUGCUUUCAAAGGUGAUAUCAUUUGAAGCUAAAUUAAGGCUGUGGAAAGUGCAACUGGAAAGGAAUAACACAAUGCAUUUCCCAACUCUGGAAGGACAAAAGCCUUCUACAACACUUGAAUAUGCUAGUGAAUGUGCAAAACUAAUUGAGGCAUUUAAUGAAAGAUUCAAGGACGUGAAAAGUAAACAAAUGGAAUUGGACAUCUUUGCUGCACCAUUCAAUGUAAAACCAGCUGAUGUGCCCGGUAACCUACAACAGGAAAUCUUUCAGCUGCAAAGCAGUGAUGAGCUGAAAACUAGGUACAACAACGUCCCACUGCUUGAGUUCUACAAACGUUACAUAAAUAACAACGAAUUUCCCGCUUUGAGGAGACAUGCUUUGAAAUAUGCAUCUGUGUUUGGAACAACUUACUGCUGCGAGCAGUUCUUUUCAAAACUUACCAUAACAAAGAGUCGAUUGCGCUCCAGACUGAUCUACACAAACCUGGAAAAGCAGUUGCGAGUAGCAACUUCAUCAAUACCAGCUAACAUCACACGCCUCACCCAGGAGAAGCAGUUUCAGCCAUCACAUUAGGGAUUGAAGUGGUGCCAUGCAGCAAGAAGCAGUGAGAUGCAGAGUUCGAACCAGAAGGCCUGACAUGGCACUUUAUGUACCUAAAGCUCGAAGGGGUGUAGAACUCCUCAAGACAGGGGAUGAGGAAAAAAGCUGUGAUUCACCUAAUUCUGUGGUGGAAGAAGAACAAAAAAAUUGUCCCUCCCAAAAGGAGAUCUUUAGAGAAAAACCUAAGACUCAAAGAUUAAAUAUUUAUUCUGAUAAAAAGGAGCACAAUCGAAAGGAAGGAAAGAAAUCUUCAACAAAAUUAAGAAAAGACACGUACCUUCAAGAAAACAAUGAGGUUAGGAUUUGUACUAAGAGAGGAGCCACAGAAUCCAAAGAAAUACUAUCCCAAGGACAUCAGCAAGGAGUCCUCAAUUCUGGCACUGUACCUACUGUACCUUUACAAAGACAUUUUAAACCAAAGAAGGCGGAGGUUGAAACCACAGAUGUGACAGGACAUGAGAGGUUGCCUCUAUCUCAGUCUUGUUCAGAAAUCUGUGAGGCUCCAAUUUUAAACAAACCAUUCCAAAACGUGGAAUUCUGUGAUUUCAGUAGGCUUGAACUAAGUGGGGAAACAUGUGAAAACAGAGAUUUAGAAAGCAGAAAUGAAACAAAUGCCAACGUAGAAAUACAAUAUCAGUUUCCUGGAGUUUUAAGUUGUGUUUUGAGACCAGAGAGUAUGAUCGGACCAGUAAAACUAAGCUCUGAUUCUGAAAUUGUGCAACAAGGCAUGCAAACAUCAGGUGGAAUGUUGAAGCUCAGCAGUAGAGGCAUCACCACCGUUCCUAUUCCUGGAAGUCCAGAUGGUGUCACUGACCAACCUUGUGUAGACUUUGAAGCUGAGAAUGUUGGUGACAUAGCCAAUAGUGUAGAUUUCAUCUUGGGUCAGAAAGGUAUAAGUUCCAUUCCUGAGACAACGGGUCACAUCUCUUAUAAAAUGACUUCAGUCAACACAUUAGAGAGCACAGAUGGCAUUUUUGAUCCAACGAUGAUUAGAGAGUGUGAGGAGAAUGACAACACUGCUGAUGAGUUAUGCAUAAAGUGUGAGCCUUCUGAUACAGCUGCUCUUGCUCAUGAAACAGAUACAGGUAAUGGACUUAAGAGUGUAGGUGACAUUACAAAUAAGUCAUGUAUGAUGGACAUUACAGAUACCAUGUCUGAUCAAGUAACUGUAGACAGCCCUUGUGUCGUUGCAGUUAGAAUAGCUGGUGAAGCCUAUAGCAACACAAGUAGUUUCUCAGAAUAUUUAGAAAUGAGUACAGAUACAACCCCUUUUCAUGUAGCUAGAGGUGGGAAUGACACUGAAAAUUUCAGCAACCUCACUGCUUGCUCAGAUAUUUACGCUGAGAGUAUUUCAUGUAGUUUCACAGAGUCAACAGGAAAGUUGACAGAAAGCUCAUCAGAUUGUGCUUCAUCCUUGCCUAUAAAGAAGAUUGCUGGUGGUAAUUGUAACAUCUCUUUGGACUCUGAACUCAGUAUGUUAAAUGGGACAAAAUUACUUUCAGAUAGUGCCUUGGACAAUGAUCUAGAUUGUAUUAAUGAUAUAACAGAAGCAUUGCAUGAACUGAAAACUGAAGAGUUUAAAACAAAAGAGGAAGAUGACUCAGAGAAUAUAGAAUUUGGUAUAUCCUUUCCUGGUGUAGAAUCAGUUUCUGUAGAGACAUCUAUGGAACCGAAAAUGAUAGAAACUUCCCACAUGGAGGAAAGUACAGCUACUGAGGAGAGCUGGGAGUCCAUGUUUAAUGAUGAUGGUGACUGCCUGGAUCCACGUCUUCUACAAGAGUUGUCAGGGAAUAUGAAGAAUACAAAUAGGAUCCAGGAACCUAGAUUUGAUUAUUAUAAUAAUGAAGUUCCUGAUAUUGACCUCAGUGAUUGUGAAUUCCCACAUGUCAUUGAAAUUUAUGACUUCCCUCGAGAAUUUCGUACUGAAGACCUCCUACGGGUUUUCUGCAGUUAUCAGAAGAAAGGAUUUGAUAUUAAAUGGGUAGAUGACACACAUGCCCUAGGAGUAUUCUCCAGUCCAAUUACAGCUCGUGAUGCUCUGGGUAGUAAACAUACCAUGGUGAAGAUCCGGCCCUUGUCACAGGCCACAAGAGCAGCCAAGGCCAAAGCUAGAGCUUAUGCUGAGUUCCUCCAGCCAGCAAAGGAGCGGCCUGAGACUUCUGCAGCCCUAGCUAGAAGGCUAGUCAUCAAUGCCCUUGGGGUUCGAAGUAAGCAGAGCAGAACUGAACGGGAAGCAGAACUCAAGAAACUGCAAGAAGCCCGAGAAAGAAAACGGUUGGAAGCCAAGCAACGAGAAGACAUCUGGGAAGGCAGAGACCAAUCUGCAGUUUGAACAUCACUCAAUGGAAAAGAUAAUUCCAUGAAUUGAGAAAAUAUUUCCAUAGUCUUCAGAUAAGAAGAUCCUUCCAGAGCUCUGUGUACAUGCAAAUGUGCAUGUUAAGAAAGGGAUAAAGUGAUCAUGACAAGGACUGACUGGUGUAGAAAGAAGAUAGACUACUGUCUGUCUUCAUUCCUAAAUGCAGUUCUUUGGAAUCACCUUAUUGUGUUGGGCAUAGAAGGAGCCAACAGCUAGUAAGAAACUUGGAAAGUAUGACUUCCAGGAGUCCUCUGGACAGGGAAAGUCAUGUGAGCAUGGGUCACACUUCCAGGAUGUUUUAAGCAAAUACGAAACAGAGGAUUUAAACCUGUGAUGAUGGGAGAUUUAGGCCCUGCGAAACCAGGGUGUUCUUUAGUACCUCACAAAGCUGAGAACAGCAAUAUUGAAGGGGAAGGGAGGGAGCAGUAUCUGGUAUACUUGGGAUUUACAGACUCUACACUGCCAGUUCCAGAACUCCCAAAUUGGCGAACUGCAGCAGAUGAGGGUAUUUGGACUCCAGAGUUGUACGGAGAAGCUGAGUGCCUGGGGCUUCUCCAGCUGCACAGCAGCCAGGGACAUGCCAGCUUCAUUCCUCAUAGGAAGCCAGUCUUGGGAGCUGUAUUCUAGUUCCAGCUUGAGUCAUCUAUCAUGUUGUAAUUGGGAGACAUUAAAGUCCAUUUUAUGACCUAGA